AUGGACAGGCAGAAUCAAGUAACAAGAACUUCAAAGAGAGAUGCAACUGGCAUGACCCCAUAUGCUCUAACCUAUGGUCAUGAUGCGACUCUGCCUAUGGAAAUAGCAGUCAAAUCUCUCAGAAUUGCUCAGCAACACAAUUUGGUUGGAGAAGACUAUUCUCAAGCAAUGCUACUAGGACUAGAAGGUUUGGAUACCAACAAAAUUGAUACCCUCAACAAACUCUUAGCAGGGAAACAGGCUGUAUCAAGGGCCUACAACAAAAGAGUUAAAAACAAGAGUUUUGAAGAGGGAGAAAUAGUCUGGAAAGCAGUUCUACCCCCUAGAACACACAUAGCUGGUUAUGGAAAAUGGUCACCCACAUGGGAAGGUCCUUUCAUAAUCAAGAAAGUCCUUGGAUUGGGGGCAUACAGAUUACAGGAUCGAUAUGGAGACAUCCAUGCAGCACCAAUCAAUGGUAAAUGGUUGAAAAAGUUCUAUCCAGCUAUGUGGGAUUCAGACACAGUCCAAACAGAUCCUGCAAUUAAAGGGGAACAAGAUGGAAAUGUUGUUUAA